AUGGUUACACCAUUACCUCUGAUUUUCAAAGGCACUGACAUAAUCUCUUGGACAAAAGAAAAUCAUGUUUUUUCUCACAGCACUAGCACUCCUCAGCAACAGAAGAGUUCGUUAGGACAUUUACACGCCACGCUCCACUUACGGCUCUACUCCAGAGCGCCGUGGCAGCAACCCGAUGCAACGCAGUUUGGUACCAGAGCGAGCUACGUGUUGCUAUGUCAUUUAUCCAAAACAUCCAUCUCCUCACACACUGCAAGAAGUUCUCAGCGGCAAAGCAAGGGGGGAAACAGAGAGGAAAGGAAAGAGAGAACUUCUCGGAGAUACGGCGAGCGCAGCCCGAGCGGUCCCGAGACGUGGCACCGGAGCCCUGCAGGAACGCGCGAGCAGCGGCCCGGGGCCGCGUUACCUCGGUGUGCGCUCAGCCGGGAGCGGCGGGACCCCGCGGGCAGGGCCGCACCGCCCCUGCGCCUUUACCCCCGCUUCGCAGCCUCCGUCCGCUCGUCCUCGCCGGCUAGCAGAGCCGGGAGGGGAGACAGAAGGGGUGUGAGCACCCACUCUUCCCGGUCCGCACCUGGACGCGGGGCUACCGGGGCCGAGCUGCAGCCUCCGCCAUGCCUCUCGGCGGCGGCGAGACCGGCCCUUCCCGCACAGGAUGCUCGGGUUACGGCAGACGCAGCCUUAAAGCGGCCGAACCGCCACCUGCCGCCGGGCUCCGCCAGGGGAGGGCGGCUCCCCCGGCCCCGGCCCCGCAGCCCCCAGCGGACCGCACCCGCGGGAGGAGGCGCCGACGGGCACGGCGGAUCGGGGUGCGGCAGCGGUAGGGUACGGGCACACCGCAGCGCCCGAAGCGGGGCCGGCUGCACCGCCCCGCCGCGGUGGCGUUGCUGCGCCGAGCCAAAAAUCCGACACGACCCGGAACGGCCGCACCGCUCCCUGACAGCUGCGGGGACGGCCGCGCCGCUGCCUCCCUCCCUGGGCGGCUUCCCCACAGCGCUGCGCCCGCCCCGCCGAGCGCACUCACCGCCUCUCCGCAGGCUGCCGGCUCACUGCGCCGCGCCGCGCUGGACUCUGGACCCCAAAUUCUGUUAAAAUGCGCGGGGCUGAGAAAGGCUUACGUGUCGGGGGAGGAAAAAGGGCUUCUAUGCAGAGCG